UUCGCACUUAAGCGUUCCGGGACUCGUUGAUUCGGAAGGUCCGAGUCCGGUUUUGUGUUUGGUUCCGACGAGAGAGAUAUGGAGAGAGAGGGGAGUGGUUCAUUGCUCCUGAGAGAGGGAGAGAUCGGAGAGAGAUAGAGGAUAUUGGUUAAUUGCCAGGAGAAAGAGAGAGAGUGUUUGUUAAUUGCCAAGGAAACGUCAGUGUUUUGGUAAAACCAGGCCUGGGUUCUUAUCAAAAGACUGGGAAGUUGGCUUUUCUCCAGUGCUUUAAUAUUGUUUUAUAGCCAUGGAAGAGGAGGAGGAGGAAGGAAGGCAAGUGUGGAGCUGGGGUGCUGGUACAGAGGGUCAGCUGGCCACUGGAAACCUCCAGGAUGAACUCUUCCCUUCAAACGUUUCUCACUAUUUUUCUCUCCCAAUCUCUCACAUAGCCUGUGGUGGCGCCCAUGCCAUAGCCCUUACAAGAGAUGGCAAGGUAAUGACAUGGGGUCGAGGAAAAUCUGGUCAGCUUGGUCAUGGGAACUGGGAGAAUAGUGCACACCCGAAGCAUGUAAAAUUUUUAGAAAAUUUUGUUAUAUGUAAUGCUGCUGCUGGUUGGAAUCACUCUGGAUUUGUUUCAGAUACUGGAUUGCUCUUCACAUGUGGAGAUGGAUCAUUUGGCCAGCUUGGGCAUGGUGAUUAUAACUCGCAGUGCUUCCCCGUUGAGGUUAAGUUUUUUGGCUCCAGGCAUGUUCUGAAAAUCUCAUGUGGGAUGCGCCAUUCACUGGUUCUAUUGAAAGGCCAGGCAAUGGACCCAUUAUAUGGAUUUGGAUCAGUAAAACACGCCCAGUUAGGAAAUGUGGUUGGAAGGAGCACAAAAUCCUUCAGUCUUCCACAACUAAUUCAUGGAUUUGAAGAUUUGAAUAUUUCAACUAUGACUGCAAAUGGUGAUCAAAGUGCCGCACUAUCCGUUGAUGGGCAUUUAUACACUUGGGGAAGAGGGUUCAAUAGAGCUAAACAUAAUCAAGUCCCUCAGCUUUUAUCCACAUCUUUGAAAUUUUCUCAGGUUUCUCUAGGCUGGAACCAUGCUUUGUUACUAACAGAUCUUGGCGAAGUGUUUAUGCUUGGUGGGAACCACCAUGGGAAGCUUUCUGGCUCUGAAUCUGCGCCAAUGGAACAGGGGAGGCCUCUGAACUGUGCUACAUGUGAUAAGACGCAUGAAGCCAACACUGUACCUUCUAUGCAGAGAGUAGCUGCCCUUGAAGGGAUAAACGUGGUUCAAGUGGCCACUGGGUCUGAGCACUCAGCCAUAGUGUCAGAGAGUGGGGUGGUCAUGACUUGGGGUUGGGGAGAACAUGGGCAGCUUGGCCUUGGAAAUACUUGUGAUCAGACAAUUCCGCAAGUGGUACACCUAGACAGAGGACAACUUAGGUGCAGAAAGGUUGAAGUGUAUUGUGGGAGUGGGUUUACAUUUGUGUCAAAUACAGCACUAAAUGCAAAUACAUCGGAUUUGUCAUUACCUAGCUAAUUUAGUGUUCCUUUAAUUAUGAAAGGAGUGAUGAUAUUCUCUGGGGUAUGCUGUGUAUGUGAUCAUACUCAGUACGCACUCAGGACGUUGGAACUUAGAAGAGCAUGGAUUGUAUCAUUCAUACUCAUCAAGAAAAGAGAAUUUGUAUGAUUUGCAAUGUUAUCAAUAUUGUACUGUGCAAAUUCGAGGCUGCUGAAUCCUGAUAAUAAAUUUGACUCAUUGACUA